AUGGGCUGUGCAAUAGCAGAAUAUUGUCUGAUAGACCCAGCUCAUUCUGGAGCUGAGCCAGCAGCAAAUCAGCUUCCCUCUCUGCAUCGCGUCAAGAGGAAAUGGGUGUGGAAUCAGUUCUUUGUAUUGGAAGAGCAUCUAGAAACAGAGCCACUCUACAUUGGCAAGCUCCACUCUGAUUCGGACAAUGGGAAUGGUUCUUUACGAUAUAACCUGACGGGUGAUGGAGCUGGCUCAAUCUUCACCAUCGAUGAGGACAAUGGAGAUAUUUUCCUCUUAAAGAAGCUGGACCGAGAGGAGAAGCCAUUUUACAUCCUGCGGGCGCAAGUGGUUGACAGAGAAACCAACCAAUACGUGGAACCAGAGUCCGAGUUCCACAUUAAGGUCCAGGACAUCAAUGACAAUGAACCGCAGUUUCUGGAUGAACCAUACGUUGCCACAGUGCCUGAAAGGUCACCUGACGGAACCUUCGUUACCCAGGUGACAGCGACAGAUGCAGAUGAUCCUUCCUAUGGAAGUCAUGCCAGGAUAGUCUACCAAAUCCUGCAGGGACAGCCGUACUUUUCAGUGGAGCCAACAACAGGAGUUAUUCGAGUUGCUUCGCCUAAUACAGACAGAGAGGCCAAAGAACAGCACGUGGUUAUUAUCGAGGCUAAAGACAUGGCUGGGCUAAAGGGAGGUCUCUCCGUGACAACCACCGUGACCAUUACCCUGUCUGAUGUUAAUGACAACAGACCGAAAUUCCAGAACAAGCUGUAUCACUUCUCUGUUCUGGAGUCAGGCAGUAUUGGAUCCACCAUCGGGAGGAUCAUGGCGACAGACGUCGAUAUUGGACGAAAUGCAGAAAUGGACUACGUGGUUGAAGCUGGCGAUAGUUCAGAUUCAUUUGUUGUAUUUACUGACAGGAAGACCCAGGAAGGUGUCAUCAAGUUAAAGAAGCCACUGGACUAUGAGAGUAAGGGGAGAUUCAACACCAGAGUGGCAGCAAUCAACAAACACAUUGAUCCCCGAUUCCUCAACCUCGGACCGUUUAAAGAUAUCACAAAUGUCAAAAUCAAUGUGCUGGACGUCGAUGAGCCGCCGGUCUCUGUGUCUCCUGAAUACAUUUUCAAGAUUGAAGAAAACAGAGAGGCUGGUGCCUUUGUUGGGGUGGUGACAGCAAGGGACCCAGAUGCAGCGAACAACUCAAUCAGGUAUUCCCUUGAUCAUCGUCGUGCCAGAUCUUUCAAUGUUGAUGCAAAGAAUGGAACCAUAACCACAUUACAACCCCUUGAUCGUGAGGAGAUCCCUUGGUACAACUUAACCAUCUCAGCAUCAGAAGCAAGUAACCCGAAGAAAGUGACUUCAGUCUCGGUGCAUAUUCAGGUUCUCGAUGUCAAUGAUCAUCCUCCAGCGUUCCCAGUUUCAUACGAAGCAUUUGUCUGUGAAAACGCAAAGCAUGGGCAGCUAAUCCAAACCAUCAGCGCCGUGGACGAGGAUGAGCCAUUGGAGGGACAGCGUUUUUACUUCUCCCUGGCUCCAGAUGCUGCCAGUAAUCCCAAUUUUACUGUUCGAGAUCAUCAAGAUAACACGGCUGCUGUUCUGACACAGAGAGCUGGUUAUAGUCGAGGAGAGCAGGCCGUACACUUCUUGCCCAUCCUGAUAGUGGACAAUGGGGCUCCAUCACUGAGCAGCACCAACACCCUUACCAUCCGAGUGUGUAGGUGCAAUAACAAUGGCGUCGGCCAACUGUGCAAUGCUCAUGCCUUCUUCCUGCCCGCUGGCCUCAGUACCGGGGCUUUAAUUGCCAUCCUCAUCUGUGCCCUGAUGAUACUGGCAUUUGUGUUUCUCCUCCUGGUACUCCGACGGCACAGGAAGGACCCUCGCUUUGCCACCGACUGCGACGACAUCCGCGAAAACAUUGUCAGCUACGACGACGAAGGUGGGGGUGAAGAGGACACGGAAGCGUUCAGCAUGGUCACCUUGAGGAGCUCUCAGGUCAGGCGCGGCUCCAGAGCAAGGAGGGGCGUGAAGUCUGACAUUCCGUCAGCUUACAGGCAGUCGCUCCGUGGGAUGCCGGAUCAAGCUGUCUUCCGAGAGUUUGUCAGGGAGAGGCUGAGAGAAGCUGACUCUGAUCCUUCAGCUCCCCCGUUCGAUUCUUUGCAGACAUACGCAUUCGAGGGGACCGGCUCAGUCGCUGGGUCCUUGAGUUCUUUGGCUUCGUCCUGCUCGGGUUUUGACGAUUAUUACGAUUACCUCAGUGACUGGGGGCUAUGCUUCAAUACGUUGGUGGAUCUGUACGGGGAUAAUGGAAAUCACCCAGAUACAUGAAGCAAGGGAGGGAGAAGAGCAUUGAAAUUUCAAGGCAAGGGAUAUUCUUCUGAUUUUGCAAUUCUAAUGUCAAGCCUGCCCACCUCUGCAAGUGUCUAUUGAACGUUUCACC